AUAAGCCGACUGAUAUAAUUGAAUGAUCUGGAGAUGUCGUGGCUCCUGGGGAAUCACAGGCCGCCGCAGGAUUUUAGCCAGUUCCAGUUGCCGGCCUCUGGCGGAUCCGGAGCAGCGGGUGGCGGCUCCAAUGAUGGAGACCCUCCGAAGAAAACGAAAAACAAUCAAGCGGAUUCGUAUAGAUUCGACUCGAGUGCACUUGAGCGGGCGGCUGCCGCUGCCAAGGACCUCGAGAGAUCCAUUCAUGCCAAGGAAGCCCUUGAAUUGUCAAAGUUACAAGAGGCUACGAGGCAGCAAGAGCUUCAGACUAAAAUGAAGAAAUACGAGGCCGGAAUCGAACAAAUGAAAGCUGAACAAAAACGCGUGGAUGGAGAGGAGCGUAGAAAAACGUUGCAAGAGGAGACCAAACAACAUCAAAUGCGUGCACAGUAUCAAGACCAGUUGGCAAGAAAGCGCUAUGACGAGCAAUUAUUACAGCAGCAAAGAAUGAACGAGGAUAAUAUAAGAAGGCAAGAAGAAUCGACGGCUAAGCAAGAGGCGAUGAGAAAAGCGACGGUGGAACACGAAAUGGAAUUGAGGCAUAGAAACGAGAUGAGAAAAUUGGAUGCGGAAAUGAAAGCGAGGGCAAAGGUGGAUAGGGAAAAUCAAGAUUUAAAUUUGGAAAAAAUUAAACUAAAAGCAUCAGAACACAGAGUCACAGUCUUAGAAUCUAUAAAAACCGCUGGCUCGGUACUGGGAUCGGGUGCCUCGGCCCUGCUCAACGACUGGGAUAAGAUCCUCGCGGCAGCCGGCGGCAUAUCCCUUCUCGCUCUCGGCGUCUACACGGCCAAAGGCUCAACGGGCAUCGUCACGCGCUACGUCGAGGCACACCUCGGCAAACCCUCCCUAGUGCGCGAAACCUCUCGUUUCUCCGCCCUCGACGCCCUCCGUCAUCCCAUCCAGCUUGCUCGGAGAAUGAAGUUCAAGCAGUCGGAUGCGUUGCAAGGCGUCAUCCUAGCGCCCAAGCUCGAGGAGCGGCUGCGCGACAUCGCCAUCGCCACCAAGAACACCAAGCAGAAUCGAGGAAUGUACAGGAAUAUAUUGAUGCACGGUCCCCCAGGAACCGGUAAAACGAUGUUCGCGAAGCGCCUGGCCGAGCACUCGGGCAUGGAUUACGCGAUCCUUACGGGCGGCGACCUGGCGCCCCUCGGUCGAGACGGCGUCACCGCCAUUCACAAGGUGUUCGACUGGGCGUUGACGUCCCGCAGGGGCCUGCUCCUCUUCAUCGACGAGGCCGACGCGUUCCUGCGCAAGCGUUCGAGCGAGCACAUAAGCGAGGACCUGCGCGCGAUGCUGAACGCCUUUCUCUAUCGCACCGGUGAGCAGAGCAGUCGCUUCAUGCUCGUCCUCGCCUCGAACACGCCGGAGCAGUUCGACUGGGCGGUUAACGAUCGCCUCGACGAGAUGGUCGAGUUCUCGCUUCCGGGACUAGAGGAGCGCGAGCGUCUCGUUAGGCUCUACUUCGACAAGUUCGUCCUGCAGCCGGCGCUCGAGGGUAAGCGUAGGCUCAAGAUCGCGCAAUUCGAUUACGGGGAGCUGUGCAAGAGGAUGGCCAGCAUCACCGAGGGCUUGUCCGGUAGGGAGCUCGCCAAGCUCGGGGUUGCCUGGCAGGCGGCGGCAUACGCCUCAGCCAACGGUGUGCUUACCCAAGAAAUGGCCAUCGAGAAGUGCUCCGAGGCCGUAUUACAGCAUCGGCAGAAGGUCCAAUGGCAGAGCGACCAGGAGAAGAAGGAAUCCAAGUCGAUCUACAGCGGUGCCAAGGAGAGCAGCGUGGACGUUCAAAAGAUUCCCCAGAUCGACACAGCAUCGGAUUUCGGAUCGAGCACUAUGCACGCCGAUGCUUAGGUACGCUUGAACUGAUGUUUCGGCUGACUAGCGGUCAAAAGCCAAGCGUAAUUGAUUAGAUUUUAUUUAGCCAUGUGGUCUGUAAAGUAAUUGUUGUUAAUAGACUAAUGUUGAUUAUAUUUUCAAAAUGGUCGACGAAUCCGAAUGCCCGCUUGUAUGAGGUUUCGGUUUGCGAAUCCUCGUUAGAAUUCCAUUAAUUGCGAUAUCAUGUGUGCAUUGUUGCAAUGCUGCCAAUGAAUAAACGUUUUUAUUUCGACAAAUUUAAUCUAAUGUUAUUAUGCGUCACUCAUCGAUCGUUGCCUACACAAGUCUCAUGCAGACAGACACUUAACGUCAUUACGAGAAGAGUAUUUAUUUAAUUUUUAAAACUCGUAGUCGUUUAUAGCAGCGUGUCGAGCCGUUAAUGUACAUUUUAAGACGUUAACGAUUAAGCAGAAAAUAAAUCCAAUGCGUAAUUAUUAUGUUAAUAUUAUAGACAUUUCGUUUUCUAUUGUGACAUGGAUAACGGCGUUGUGGAGGCGGGGGCUGGUGUGCCGUGUCACAAUUAUUAUAAUCCUUUUUCUUUUCCUCUUUUUACGCGCACAAUGUCUUAUUUUUCAACUGUUUAAGUGACUUAUGACUUUGUAAUAAAAGCAGAUGAAAUGAUAGAGUAAGGUUAUUCGAUCAUGUACCCCAAGUAUUUUCAUGUGGUAUUGUUUCAAAGAUUGAAAAGAGGGAGCAAAGCUUUUGCUGUUGAAAAUAAAAAUUUAUUUCUUUCUUAAU